AUGCAUCUCUUCUCUCUGACAGCCGUAGCUUUCGUCAUCGCCAGUUUAUCUGUCGACGCAUCAGUCGCGAAAGAUCCACGAGGGCACGCUCCCAACAGGACUGAAGUCGAUACCGUAAAUGCGAGUUCAAGCACGAGGCUUUUGCGAAAAAAUAGUACUGUUGAUCUAGUCGGCGAGGAGAGAGCACCCAGCGUCGUAGAAAAUAUCAAGGCGUUGGUCAAGUCUUCAGCGGUGACUCCAGCGAAGCUUCAGCAAUGGCUAGACGAGCGACUACCUGCGGGGCUAGUGUUCAAGAACAUGAACCUUGACGAACCAAAGAUCUUCUCUUUGUUGCAUGAACCCAACUUUGUUAAGUGGGUCCAGUACGCCGACGACUUGAGUGCCAAGUCAUCUCAUAAAGAAUCGUCAGUGAUCUCCACCCUGACGUCAUUGCACGGCGACAAAGUUGUCUACGACACAAUUCAAGCUGCUAAAAAGUAUCCACAGCUGAGUGAACUCGCCCUUAAAUUGGAAAAGGACCAGAUACGCUUCUGGAUUGCCACUCGAAAAGACCCGUCGGUGUUUUUUGAAGCCCUCAACCUUAACUGGGUAGGGACAUCCAUCUUCUCAAAACCUGAAUUCUCCGCUUGGCUCAAGUACGUGGACGAUGUAAACGCAAGACAUCCCAAGAAAACCCCAUUUUCGAUUAUUCCUACGCUCAAGCAACAUGUAGCUCAAAGUGACGAAGCCGACACAGACGUACUUCUUAAACUGAUUGCGAACGGGAAAGCAACGGCUGAAACCAAAACUGUCGCCAACAAGGUAGAUAGUGCAUUGUUUGACUUCUGGCUCAGCAAGCGAGAAACACCCGACAAAGUUAUGGACGCGUUCAAACAUGGCAGUACAGCUCAAGCUUUCUUGGGGAGUUCACGGUGGAAAGAGUGGGAACGGUACUUGAGCGUUUACAACGCGAGAUACCCUGAAAAGAAGACCACCGUGAUAGAAACGUUAACGCGGAAGUACGGAGAUGCACAAUUACUCGACACGCUUAUCACCGCGAGCUCGAAAGGUGAGACGAAAACGCUUGCAGCCAAGCUGCAGGCACAGCAGUUCGAUAGGUGGAUGAGCCUUAAAGAGUCUCCUCUCGACGUCUACAACAGGCUACGGCCUUCAUAUGGGGAUAGGAGCUUCUUCGACGAGCCACAACUCAAUGUGUGGGUCUCGUACAUGAAUGUGUUCGUCGACAAGAACCCCAGCAAGGUGGACAAAAUGUUCUUGGAGUUAGGUGAUACCUUUGGGAACAUGCAUCUCUUUCGAGUCCUCGGAGAAGCCAAAAAGUUCCCCAACAUGGAAAGCACUACAGCCAAGCUGCAGAUGGAGAAGGCUUCGACUCUUUUUGCCAGCGGAAAAUCCCCGGAGGAUAUAUUCAGGGUGCUAGCGCUUGACAAGGUCGGAAAUGAUAUACUCAGCAACACGCUGUUCCACAAGUGGCUGGCAUAUCUGCAGAAAUUCAACAAAGAGCACGAACAGCCAAGGAUCGUGGUUUGA